AUGCCUAGGAAAUGUGGUACAGCAGUGGCCCCAUUCCCAAUUCCGCUGGAGACUCAAUCUCCAGUACGACCACGCCCACCACAUGAGCGACAACAGAGUCAAAUUGUCAUUGGAACGAUGAAAAUAAUCGGCAGUUCACUUGGCCCGCUUUAUCAUUUAUGGGAACGACUGCAAGUGAGUCAUUGUGGACAAUACUCGGUGGAACGGAUGUUGGCAUUGGAGGAAUACGGACAACGGGUAUCACCUUUUCGAGUGGCUGCAGUGUGUAUAUUAACUCCGUUAUCUCCGUUGUUACUAGUGGUAUUAGCGGCAUAUCUCCCUCUUCGUCGAGCAGCUGAAGGUCCUGACGUUAACUUCAUGUUCUGGAUACGACAUUUUAUCGUUGUGGGCUCCGCGAUACUUAGUAUUUUAAUGCAAGCAAAAGCGUGGCUUUCGGAACUUCCGUUAACGACAAGAAGAAUCAUCGGAGUGACCAUUUGCAGUGCUGGAAUCACUCUCGCGUUCGACAUUAUGCUGGCAAACGUGUGGGUUUUCCCGGUCCCGUUCAUGAAUGUGCUUCAGACUCCAGUAGCAUUCCUAGGCUGUACCUUCAUUACAAGUCUCGUAUUGGGUCGAGGAGUGCUUGGAGAUGUUCCAGACGCCGAAUUUCGAGUGAAUCGCUAUGUUAUGCUCAUCGCAGCUCAAGCAUCUUUAGUCACGAUCUACCCUGCAUAUCAAGCUCUUUUUCUCGUCGCUCCGACAGUCAUUCAACCACAUUUAAUGGCUCUACUGACACUUGUGAACGUCGCAGUGAAGAACGUGCUUGCUGCGUGUGGAGCGCACUUGGAAGACCGACUACCCGAGGUGAUUGUGUUUACAGUGGACGUCUUUAACGCUCUGUAUUGCGCUCUAUGUAUGCGAAGUACCAAAUCCUUAAAAAUGGUCGCGAUAGUUGUGACGCUCAACGUGGUUGAUUUGACACUCGCUCUUCACGGAAUGAACCGACGAUCACGUGUUGCAUUAGCGAAUCGAGCGAUUCAACAGAAGCGAUAUCGGCAGCAAAGAUUAACCGCUAGAGGGCUAGGAAAUAAAGAUCAAGAAGAACCGGAACACUCGCUUGGAACUCUAUUCCAAGCCACCCUCAAGCUGCUCCAGUUACCUGGUCAACUGGACCCAGCCGAACUACGUCAGAUCUGCUUGCUUUCUUGUGCAGAACACAAUGUAUCGGAAGCUAACAGGGCUCUACUUGCUGCUCUUGCUGCUCGAUGCGUUUACCAUAACGACCGAAGGCCUACUAAUUUACGAUCGAUGGCAGAACGCAAGUCUCGCUACUCCUCCACAGCGAUGAGUGGCCCAGAGCUGGGGGCUGAGUACUUUUCAAUGGCCGUAAAGCCUCCUUCUCGCUUCACACAGAGACUAAGAGCAGCAGCACGACUAAUACCCGAAGCAGGGAAGCGAUUGAGCGUUCAGAUUGGCACUCGGCUUGGUAAUUCUUUCGGUUUUCGGAUCGAUAGUCGUGGGCAGCUCAGUCAACAGAAAGAGGACGGGGACGAGGAAUCGGAUACUGACAGCUUCGACAAUGACUCAACGCCACAUGAAGUGACUGAACUUACGUCUUCUUCACCUUCUUCACGACGACAAUCGACUGGGCCCGGAACGCCUACACCAAUUGAGCCAUUUCCACGUCGAAUACCUGGUCUGACGGACACCCCACGAAGGAUAUCAACGCAGAUGGGGUCAGGAUCAUCGCGACGAGCAUCGACGCAAAUGCGCUCUGGUUCUUCGCGAAAAGUGUCAGCUCAACUAGAUCCUACGACUUUGAAUCAAAGUCGUUCAGGUCGGCGGUUAAUGAACCAUUUGGGCUCUUCCAGAAGACUUGCUGAGCUCGUCGCUGUGUCUACGAAGCUGGAAACGUCACUAAAGCUACAGCCCUUACUGAUGCGUGAAAACCCCGUGAUCAACGACAUUUUGAAGGAGACUAGGAAGCAGAAUACGGUGGCUGUGAACCAGACACUCCAACUGCUAUUUAACAACGAGUAUCUCGGUCUCAUCGCGUAUGCGCAGUGCAUUACACCUAUGAUCUAUAUGACCUAUAUAAUGAUCAUGCAAGGGAUGCCCAAUCGAGAAUUUUACCUAAAUGGACGCGAUUUGGACGAUCUGGAAGGGCUCGCACAGCGAUUCACCGUCAUUGCAGCGUUUGUGGGACUUCAGACGGCGAUUUUAAUAGGUCUACACCUUUUUGUCGAUGUUCGGUUUGGAGUUUCGACAUUGUAUCAAGUGGCAUUCGUGCUGGAAACUCACGCUCGACUUGUACAAGGCAAAAUCGCCACGUGGCUCUUGUUCGCAGUGAGCUUCAUGUUGGAACACUACGGAGUCGAUUUCUCGUUUCGAUUCCAAUGGAUACACGAACAAGCACCCCCACCGCCUCCGCGUUGAUACCUAACAAAAAACUGUGAAAUAGUUUAAUGUUAUCGACUGCGCCA